AUGAGUACGUCUCUGCAUUGAGGCAGUUCAGAAUGAGACAGCCUUGGAGCUCUGCAAGACCUUCACCGAGGAACUAAGGGUUCGGGAGGAGGUACCCCAAGUCGUGAAACCCUGGAGGAGAAGGAUGGCCCUCACCAAAAGGGACAUAGGAAACUUUUGACACAGCGCGGAGGGUCCCAGAGCACCCACCCAGUUGGAGUGGCCCCUACAAGCAAGACGUUGAAGGAGGUGGACGCCCACGGGGGCUUGCAGGGGAGGCUGACCAUGCAUCGCCUAUCCUUGAGGUGGGACCCACGUCUGAGGAUAACCGCUGCUAGCGGUGAGAAGCUGCUCCGCUGGUGGAUGGAUCCGUCCGGAGGUCUCUCUCCAUCAGGCUAGAGGACCUGCGGGUGCAUUUACGGUACGCGCUGCAUUGCGGUGCUCUGCGUUACCUGUCUCGGUGGCUGAGGAUCCGGGAUAAAAAUACUUCACCAGUAAUGAAUAGCAGCUGGUAAUGCACUGCCUGGCUUCCUGAAGAACUCGGCGCAGACCUACCCACCUCUAAAACAAUGUCAUUGCUCCUGCUGUGUCCUAACAGCUUGUUCUGGGUGCUGUCAAGGCACAUUAGAUUGCAUCAGUUCAACACUGGAAAUUCAUUCAAGACAUUUUUCCAGGCAGUCUGGUGGCUGCUGUUGGGAAUAAUCCUACUUUGCUCUCCAGCAUAUUGUUCUGUUUUUAAAAUUGGACUGCUCGGACCCUGGAACUGUGACCCCUUCUUUUCCAAAGCCUUUCCCCACGUGGCUGCCAGGUUAGCAGUGGGACGAAUAAGUAAAGACCCUUCACUAGAUCUUGGCCACAGGCUGGAUUAUGUGGUUCUGCAAGAAGAAUGUGAGACAUCAAGAGCUCUGGUUAGAUUCAUUAACUUUGGAAAGCUUUCCUCAGCUUUCAUAGGCCCUCUGAACCCUGGCUUCUGUGAGGUGGCUACACUUUUAGGGGAAAACUGGAAUAAAGCCAUCUUCUCAUGGAUGUGUAUCAAUUAUAAACUGGAUUCCACCAUCCACCACCCAACAUUUGCAAGGACCCUGCCCUCUCCAACCCGAGUUUUGUUUACAAUAAUGAAAUAUUUUAACUGGGCUCAUGUUGGCAUCAUUGCUUCCAAUGAGGAUAUUUGGAUAGACACGGCCAACAAGUUAGCAAGUGCACUCAGGAACCAGGGGCUUCCUGUGGGUAUUGUUACAUCCAUGCAUAAAGGAGAAAAAGGCAUUGAAGACACCUGGAAUGAGAUUAAAGAAGUUGAUGGCAUCAGAAUUAUCCUCCUGUGCAUGCAUUCUGUGCUCAUUGGCGGGGAGGAACAAGCCACCUUACUCACAAAAGCUCUGGAAAUGGGACUAGCAGAUGGAAGAUAUGUCUUUGUUCCAUACGACACUUUACUGUACAGUCUUCCUUACCAAAACAACUCAUUCAACAUCUUUGAUAAUGACAGCAAGCUCCAGGAGGCAUACGAUGCUGUGCUGACUGUCACACUGGAGUCUGGAGAAAGGACUUUCUAUGAAUCAUUCAGGGAAGCUAAAGAAAGAGGUGAAAUAACCAUGGAUUUGGAAGACAACCAGGUUUCUCCACUUUUUGGAACAAUCUAUGAUGCCAUUUACUUCAUGGCAAUGGCUAUAGACAGUGCUCGAAGGAAAGGAGUCAGAAUCUCAGGAGCUAACAUAGCUGAGCACACAAAAAACUUCAGUUUCCCUGGAUUUAGUCACCGUGUAGAGACAGACCACUGUGGGAAGGGGCUGAGCAACUACGUGAUACUGGACACAGACGGUCGUGGGAACCAGCUCUUCCCGACCCACUUGCUGGACAUGUCUUCAGACUCUGUGAAAGCCCUAGGCCGGGCCAUCCACUUUCCCAGUGGAGCUCCACCCAAGCCAGACUCCAGCUGUUGGUUUGAUCCAGAUGUUCUCUGCACUGGAGGGAUUGAGCCUACAGUCAUGAUUUUGGGAGCAAUGUUAAUAUUUGCCCUGGUGCUUUGUGCUGUGGGCCUGGCUUCUCUCAUCAGGCACAGUAUCUUGAACAGCCAGCUAUUCAGGGGACCUAACAAGAUAAUACUGACCUUGGAUGACCUUGUCUUCAUCAACGCAGAGCUACAUAAAAAGAGGCUGACCUUGGACAGUCUGACUGAUGCAAACAGCAUAGCAGCCGACAGCAGAAGCUUGAAAUCCAUAACCCGCUCCUUUUCCUUGAAAAGCACAGCUGCCACCCAUGAAACCUCCAACGUGGCUUUGUAUGAGGGAGACUGGGUGUGGCUGAAAAAAAUUGAGACGGGAGCAGUUCACAAUCUGCGGCAAAGCUCCACCAGCAUCUUGAGGAAGAUGAAAGAUCUGCGUCAUGAAAAUGUGAAUCUGUUCCUGGGCUUUUUCUCUGACUGUGGCAUCUUUGCCGUAGUGACGGAGUACUGCUCCCGAGGAAGCCUGGAGGACUUGCUGAGAAACGAAGAUAUGAAACUGGACUGGAUGUUCAAGUCCUCUCUCAUGAUGGAUCUAAUUAAAGGAAUUAGGUAUUUGCAUCACCGAGAUUUUGCCCAUGGACGUCUCAAGUCUCGUAACUGUGUUGUGGACGGCCGGUUUGUGCUGAAGAUCACUGACUAUGGUUAUAAUGAGCUCUUAGAAGCACAGAAAUGCCCAUAUAUUCAGCCACUCCCAGAAGAAUUGCUGUGGACAGCUCCUGAGUUACUGAGGGACCCAGACAUGCUCAGAAAAGGCACGUUCAAAGGGGACAUUUACAGCUUUGCAAUCAUCCUACAAGAAGUGGUUGUUCGGGGUCCACCAUACUGCAUGUCAGAACUCUCCGCUGAAGAAAUUAUAAAGAAAGUGAAGAAGCCCCCUCCCCUGUGCCGCCCAAACAUAGCCCCUGAGCUGGCCCCCCUGGAGUGCAUCCAAGUAAUGAAGCAAUGCUGGAGUGAAGCCCCCGAACGACGUCCAACCUUUGAGGAGGUAUUUCAUAAGUUCAAAACCAUCAACAAAGAGAAGAAGACCAAUAUCAUUGACUCAAUGCUCAGGAUGCUUGAGCAGUAUUCGAGCAACUUGGAGGAUUUAAUCAGGGAGCGGACUGAAGAGCUAGAGAUUGAAAAACAGAAGACAGAAAAACUACUGUCACAAAUGCUCCCCCCAUCAGUGGCAGAAGCCCUCAAGACUGGUGGCACUGUGGAGCCGGAGUAUUUUGACCAGGUGACCAUCUACUUCAGCGACAUCGUGGGCUUCACAACCAUUUCAGCCCUCAGUGAACCCAUUGAAGUAGUUGACCUUCUGAAUGACCUUUACACGCUGUUUGAUGCUGUUCUUGGAAACCAUGAUGUUUACAAGGUGGAGACAAUUGGUGAUGCCUACAUGGUUGCUUCAGGGCUCCCAAAACGGAAUGGAAACAAGCACGCAGCUGAGAUAGCCAACAUGUCCCUGGACAUCCUCAGCUCGGUGGGAACAUUCAAAAUGAGACAUAUGCCAGACAUCCCCCUCAGGAUACGAAUCGGGCUGCACACAGGGCCUUGCGUGGCAGGUGUGGUGGGGCUUACCAUGCCACGGUACUGCCUCUUCGGAGACACGGUGAACACGGCAUCACGAAUGGAGUCCACGGGCCUGCCUUACAGAAUUCAUGUCAGCCAAAGUACAGUGGAUACGCUUCGGAGUCUAAAUGAAGGCUAUGAAAUCGUACCUAGGGGAAAAACAGAACUGAAGGGUAAAGGAGUAGAAGAUACAUAUUGGCUAGUUGGGAAAAAAGGCUUUCUGAAGCCCUUACCUAAACCUCCUGAAAUAAAGCCAGGCCACAACUGGCCAGAUGUCCUGACCAGGAAACUCAAAUGUGUCCUGAGGGGGACAAAGAGGACACUGACAAAAGCAACCUUUAAAGAGCUGGGGAGCAUGAAGGAGGCCGGAAUAAGUGCUGAAGAGGAUGAAAUCUGAGAAGAGCACAGCAAAAAAACUAGUAAGAUCAGGAUGGACACCUUGAAGCCAACCCAGCAGAGGAGCUCACACCCUCCAUUUAAUUCCCUUCCAGCCAAAAGCAGUAUAAUUGAUGAAGCUUCUUAGCUCUUGCAGAGGGUGAACCUGAGCAGGCAGAUGAAUCCUGACCAUCAUCUCUUGGGAAACUGGGCACCAACUCAGAGCUGUAUGUGUGUGUUUUUGGCAGGGGUCCAUUGGGGAGGAAAGUGAUGGUGGUGGUGAUGGUAGUGCCAGCUCUUCAUCAGCAACUGUCACAAGGGUGAGCCCAAAGAAUAUUUUAGCUAGGUCUGCAUGGCAGCACAAACACGUCUGGCUGCACUUGGGCCUGGAUUUGAACAAUAAUGCCAAGUGCUAAAAUGGUUUAACUGUUUUGCAUUAUAUAGAUUUUUCUUGUUGUUGUAGGAAACUCUGGUUUCAUGAAAAUCGGUGCAAUUUAGAAGAAAGUGGGUUUGACAACAACAAAAAAUAUUUUUUACUCCCCCACAAGGGGAAAUUUUGAAUCAAAAUGUUUUGUUCCUAUAUGUCAAUUUAAGAUGAAACAUUUUCUUUUAAAUUGACAUUUCAGCUGCAAAUGCCAUUUUAAUGCUAUUUUCAAACUGAAAUGACAGUUUUGAAAUGAAACAGUUUGGUAUGAAUCAAUAUUUGUUUCCAAAUGCCAAAAUGUGAUUCUGCUCAAAAUGUCAAAAUAUGUCAUCUCUGCAAUUCAAGAUCUGAACUGGAAGAACAUUUUGUUUCACUUUAUACACACAUACAUAUAGCAUAUCUAAAACAUUUUACACUUUUCAUCCCAAAGCAGGAUGAAAACGGAAAGCCAAGAUAUUGGAAAACUGAGAUGCAGAGAAUGACAUUCUGCAGUUCCUUCAGCUGAGUAAUACUAAUGAGAGAUAAAUUUUCUUUCCUGCAAAACUGGAGCUGAGGGAACGAAAAGUACAUCACUUAAGCAGCGCAAAGCCUAAAACAUAUCGUUUUUUUUCCUUCCCAGUCUCCAAGUGGUCUCAAAGGCACUUGUCUUCAAAGUAAGCCUCCCAGUGGGUAAAAAUACCUUUCUGCAAAGGGCCAGCAUUUGGCCUGUAGGCACUUCUCACGGAGCACACUUCCUCAAGGUCAAAUAAUUUUGUUGUUGGCCACUUCUUCUUCCAGGUUUUUUACUCCUGUUCAACAUCUGGCUUCUAACGAUCUGCUGGGAAUUGUUGUUCUCUCUUCUGCAAGGCUGAAGAGAACAGCAGAUAUAGUAAUUUAAUCAGUAUUACCACCUGAAGGUGCUCAUUGAAAACAUGGAGACUUUUCUCAAGCUCAGUUUGAACUCUUCUCAUCAGAGCAACCAGAGCAGAUUUUUAUCAUUCAGAUGAUAAAUAAGAGUCAACAACCACUUGCCAAACCUUCUUUGGUUAUUGCAAACAAUUGCCUUUAUGAAACAAGGCAAGCGAGACUCCACAAAGCUAAGGAAGAUAUUAUUUUCACAACUAAUUCACUGUAGCAAGUAUAAAACACAUGAACUGUCAAAGUAAGAGCUGUUUGGAGUAUAAACAUCUGAAAAGUGAAAAUGGAAGGGAAAUUUGUUAAUGUUCUUUAAUAAUGAGAUUUUACUCUGUGGCACCUGGUUUUGUGAAAGAAGCUUUUGCCUAUUUAGUGAUGUGAGUUGAUAUUCCGGGUGGGAGAAGUUGGCCCUCGAAAGACAUAUGUCGAAAGGCUCAUACUAUACUUGAGCUGUCAAAGAGGGCUUAGGAAAGCUUUAACCUUCUGCACUGUGCUCACCCUCUGUUUGCAGAUCCAUUCAGGAAUAAAGUCCUACGCAAGACACAUGGGCCAGGCAAUUCUGACACAAUAUACCUCAAUAUACAGUUCCAGGGAGGGACAUUAUGUGGAUUGGUCUGUGCAAACGUGAAUUUAAAAUCAAACAAUUUCUGAGUAAUUCAUGUCUUUUCCAUUAUUUUCCCAUGUUUAAAACAUUGAUCAAGCACAAAUACAGGCUGGGAGAUGGGUGGAUUGAGAGCAGCCCUGCAGAGAAGGACUUGGGAGCGUUGCUUGACCAGAAGCUCCACAUGACCCGUCAAUGUGUGUUUGCAGCCCAGAAAGCCAACCGUGUCCUGGGCUGCAUCACCAGCAGCGUGGCCAGCAGGUCGAGGGAGGGGAUUCUGCCCCUCUGCUCUGCUCUGGUGAGACCCCCCCUGCAGUUCUGCGUCCAGCUCUGGGGUCCUCAGCACAGGAGAGACAGGGACCUGUUGGAGCGGGUCCAGGGGAGGACCACAAAAAUGAUCAGAGGGCUGGAACACCUCUGCUAUGAAGAAAGGCUGAAGGAGUUGGGUUUUUUCAGCCUGGAGAAGAGAAGGCUCCAGGGAGACCUUGUUGCAGCCUUCCAGUACCUAAAGGAGGCCUACAAGAAAGCCAAAGAGGGGCUUUUUAGUAGGGCCUGUAGUGAUAGGACAAGGGGUAAUGGCUUUAAACUAAAAGAGGGGAGAUUCAGACUAGAUGUAAGGAAGAAGUUCUUCACUGUGAGGGUGGUGAGACACUGGCACAGGUUGCCCAGAGAAGUUGUGGCUGCCCCAUCCCUGGCAGUGUUCAAGGCCAGGCUGGAUGGGGCUUUGAGCAACCGGGUCUAGUGGAAGGUGUCCCUGCCCAUGGCAGCGGGGUUGGAACUAGAUGAUCUUUAAGGUCCCUUCCAACCCAAACCAUUCUGUGAUUCUAUGAUCAGUGCUGUUCUGUUAUGUAGUGGUGUGGGUUCCACCAACCUGACCUUACGUGUUGGGUAAAGAGAAUUGCAAGGUGCGGCAGGCAGAAAGCACAUCCUCUCUAUGGAGGACAGAUGAUCUCUCCCUCUGCUCUUGGUGUGGUGUUUCCAUGCGAGUGAGUGUUACAUCAAUGGGUUUUUCUUGGAAAGGCCUAUGUGUAGUCAAGGCUGGCCUCCAAAUGAAAAGAAGUACCCACAAUGAUGUGCAAAAGGAGAAUCAUCUGGCUAAAUAUAGCCCUGUAAGGUCCAGUGAGACAGUCACCGAGGCAGGUCCCCUAACAGUCAGAGAAGGGGAACAGGCACUUCCCAGGGGUGUUUCUUAGGCUCUUCCACGUGGAUACCUCUGUGUGUGCUGGGUGUCUCAGCUCCCAUUACACGUAAUGGAGAUCAAGUCAAAAAGUCCAAGGAGCCUAAUGACUCAGCUGAACCUAAAAUGGGUGCCUACAUCUGGCUAGCACAGUCACCCCUAAACUUCACUACUAUUGGAAUGUCUCCAUUCAAGCAAUGGGAGCCUGGUGCAUGCGGAUAUACCCAAAUGGACAUACCUGUGACGCAAUUCAGCUGCUGAAACACAGGUGCUUAAUGACGUUUAGGAUGCCCUGGAGUACCUGCAAAUCCAGACAGAGCUGAUAAAUAAGACAGGACCAGAGCCUUUCGCAAUGGCAGCUGGAGGCCAGACAGCAGACACUAAGAUCCGAAAUAAUACUAGGCAGGUAUGUUUAAUGAGAUACACCUUUAAAGUUGGGUGCCUUAACCUGAAAAUUAAUCCCAUCCUGGAUAUCUGCAUUCAGAUGGAUGAACCAUGCCCUAAAAGUGCUUGCCAUCGACUCUAACAGGAGCUGCGCUGAUCAGCUCAGGUGGAGAAACCUACAUCAAGGAUGAAUAAAGUCAAGUUGGAUGAACCUCACUCCCACGUAGUUAUCAUCACUGGGUCAGAGGAGGUGCUGGACUCCCUAAUCUUUUCCCUGGGUCUGGAAAUUCUGACACUUGGCUUGUCUAGAAGUGCUAACCCUCUCUGAAACACUUGUUCUUCCCAGUACACAGGCAAAAUGGAUGUAAA